AAUUUAACGAUAAUACAAAAGAUGUCAAACGGAAGUAGAUGGACAGUUGCGCCCUCCCACAAAAAGCACACAUUUCUUCGUAUUCAUUUCCAGUAACAUUCAAGAUUAUGCACAUGGUGCAUUGAUAUAUUUUUCAUUUUAAUAUUACUGUGUGAUUGUGAAAAUAUAUAUUUCAAAAAUUAUAUAUGAUUGACAUUAAAUUUAGUUUUCGAUAAAAAGAUGGAAAACUUAACAGUAUCGCGUCAAAGUUGUCAUAGUUUGGAAGCUUUGGAAAAUGAAAUUUUAGAUAAUUUGAAAUAUUUAAAAAUAUUAUCUACAAUUAACCUAAACAAUGAUGAUUUAUACAUUGCAUUACAAAAUCAAUUAUAUGUAAUACCCUCGAAUCCAGAGUGUGAAAUAACUUCUGUAAAUAUUAACAAUGAAACGAAAAACAAAAUUAUUGGGUUAGAAUAUACUAGCAUAACUCAACAAGUGUAUUGUGCGUAUGAAAAUGGUGACUUAAUUACAAUUAAUAUAGAAUCCGAUUUAGAAUGUGAACUAGUCAAGCAAAUAAAUGAAGGCAUAGAUUGUAUGAAACUAAGUCCUGAUCAUGAAAUUCUUACAUUAGUAACACCUAAAGAUACUGUAAUUACUAUGGUAUCUAGUUUUGAUAUUAUAUCAGAGGUAGAUUUACAAGAAUCUCAUUUUGGGAAUAAACAGUUUGUAACAAUUGGCUGGGGUAAAAAAGAAACACAGUUUCAUGGAUCAAUAGGUAAAGCUGCAGCGAUAAUCAAACCAGUAGAAAUAAAUAAAAAUAAUUUUGACGAUGGAUUACCAAGAAUAACAUGGAGAGGUGAUGGUUCCAUGUUCGCUGUUAGUUUCAUCGGAAAAGAGAAAGGCAUUCGUCAAUUUAAGGUUUUCAGUAGGGAAGGUAUUUUGCAAUAUACAAGCGAGUUGUUGGAUAAUAUGGAAGAGCCGUUAGCUUGGAAGCCUUCUGGAAAUUUGAUAGCUACAACGCAGACAUUAAUUAAUAAGCAUGUAGUAUCUUUUUUUGAAAAGAACGGUUUAAAACACAGAGAAUUUUUACUUCCAUUUGAAACAAAAACUGUUUCAGUAAAAGAAAUAUUUUGGUCUCCAGAUUCCGACAUUUUGACUAUUUGGUGCAAACAAAAUAAUUAUAAUACUACAAUAUUACAAUUAUGGACAGAAAAGAAUUAUCAUUGGUAUUUAAAACAAACAUUCUAUUUUUCUAAAGACAACCCACUGUUAUAUGGUACUUGGAGCUCUAGGACUAACUGCGGGAAAACAUUAAUUCUACUCACGCCACAAAAUGUUUUAACUUAUUCAUUUCAGCGAACCAUUAAUCAUAGCAAAGGUCAAAGUUUGCAAGACAAAGCAGUAGUUGCUGUUAUCGAUGGAAAUAAAGUUUUAUUAACAGGAUUUAAAAUUGGCAUAGUACCACCACCAAUGGCACAUCAAACUUUAGAACUUUCAGAAACAGUCAAUGCAGUAGUCUUUGCACCAAAUGUAAAAAGUAAUGAAUCUUUAAUAGAUACCAAUACCUUCUUUUGUGUUUUAAGCAAUAACAAAUUGGCGUUUUUUAAUUGUACAAAUGAUUCAAAUAAUAUUGAAUAUAAGAAUAUAAGUACAUGCGAAAUGAACUGGGAUGUACCAACAUUUGAUACUAAAAAUGUUAUACCUAUAAUGCAACAUUUCUCAUGGUUUAAGGAAAAUACUAUAUUAAGUUCUAUUUCAAUAGAUAAUCAAAGCAUUCUAUGUGUGAUAAAUUUAGAUCUUGAAAAUAAUCAAGUUACUGUAAAACAAACGCACAUUAUGGAUGCCUUAAUCGAACACAUAAUAUGUUCUCCUAAUACAGAUGAGAUAUUUCUGAUAGCAGAAGGAUCUGUUUUAAAAUACAAAGAUAAUGAAUUGGAUUUCAUUGGAAUCAAAUUACCAAACUUUUCUUCUAAAGUUGAUCUAAUACAUAAUGGUACAAGUCAUGCAAUAAUAUCUUUAUCUCAUGGCAAUCGUUUAUCAAUUAAUAGUAAAGAAGUUGCAAACAAUGUUACUAGUUUCUUUCUACAUUCUAAACUGUUACUUCUUACAACUUCGCAACAUACACUGAUUUGUGUUACUUUGGAUGAAGAAGGAUUGGAACAAUUAUCUAAACAAGAUUUAACUACUAAACCAUGGGAAAAUAGUAUCUUUCAAAAAUCUGUUAAUGAUGUGAAUAUAAGAAGAAUAGAAAGAGGAUCUUUUCUAGUAAUAGCUCUUCCAAAUAACUCCAAAACUAUAUUGCAAGCGCCUCGUGGUAAUUUGGAAUGUAUUCAGCCUAGACCGCUAUCGCUGUAUAUUAUUGGGGAGCAUUUGAAAAAGUGUGAAUAUUUUUCUGCAUUUGAUCUCAUGAGAAAACAACAUAUUAAUUUGAAUUUAAUAUAUGAUUACGAACCACAAUUAUUUUUGAAAAAUGCAAAAAAAUUUGUUGAUGAUAUCGCAAAUCCACAGUGGUUAAGUUUAUUUUUAACUGAAUUACAAAAUGAAGAUGUUACCACUACAAUAUAUUCGAAUUGUUAUUUAAAGUGCAAAAAACAAGACGCAUCAGUUGCUCAAAAUGAAAAUAAGGUUUCAGUGGUUUGCAAUUUGCUAAAAAGCAUCUUGGAGGAAAAACACAAUGCAGAUUAUUUUAUACAACCAAUAUUAGUUAGUUUAGUUAAAAAUCGUGAUCAACAAGGUUUGGAAGGUGCACUUAAAAAGUUGAAAGAAAUAAAGUCAUUGGAGUUUAAAAAAUUUUCGCACACAAUAUCGUCCGAAGAUGCAUUGAAAUAUUUAUUAUACUUGGUAGAUGUAAACGUUCUAUUUGAUACAGCUUUAGGCAUGUACGAUUUUGAAUUGACAAUGUUCAUUGCAACAAAGUCACAAAAAGAUCCUAAAGAAUAUAUACCAUUUUUAAAUAAUUUAAAGAUACUCGAGGAGAAUUUUAUGAAAUAUUCUAUUGACAUAUAUCUCAAACGAUACGAAUCGGCUUUGAAUCAUAUAUCAAAAGAUACAGAAAAGUUUGAUGAAUGUUUAAAUCUCAUACGAGACCACAAUAUGUAUAAAAACGGUUUGAAGAUAUUUAAAAAAGAUAGCAAAGAAUAUAAAGAAGUUGCACGAAUUUACGGUGAUUAUCUUUUAAGUAAAAAUAAAUUAAAAGAAGCAGCGAUAAUGUUUCACAAGGCUAAUGAUUAUAAUAAUGCAUUAAAUACAUAUAAAUUAGCCGGUUGUUGGCAGGAAGCAAUUAUGGUUUCAACUUUGCUACAUUUAUGUCCUACUGAAUCAUCUGCAUUAUACGAGGAACUUAAAACAAGAUUAUGUCAAGAUAAAAGAUAUUUAGAAGCAGCCCAAAUAUCCGCACUAUAUAUAAAGGACUUUGAAAAAGUUAUUACAACACUAUGCGAAGGCAAAUAUUGGAAGGAUGCUUUAAGAAUUGCAACAGAUGUCAAUCGUUCAGAUUUAAUUGAAACACAUAUUAAGCCUGGCAUACAAGAACAUGUUGAUUAUAUUACGGCACAAAUUAUUAAGAAUAAAGAAGAUUUGGAGAAAUAUAAAAAUCGACUUACAGUAGUAAGAACAGAAAUGACAAAUAGACAAACACAAGUUUAUCACGAUACAUUAAAUGAUAAUAUUUUAAUGUCAAAUAAAGGAUUUAACGAUUUUCUCAGUGAUACUAGUAGUGUUACAAAUUCUAUAACGAGUCAUGGAUCAAGAACUUCUACAACAUCUAAGAGAAGUUACAGAUCAAGUAAAAAUCGUAGGAAGCAAGAAAGAAAGCUCUUAAGUAUGAAAGAAGGAAGUAUGUUCGAAGAUUUAGGAAUAAUGCGAGCAUUACAUGAAAUUAUCACCAAAACAUAUAAGCAAAAAGGUGAAGUGGAUUUAUUAACGCAAAUGUUAUUACAUUUUAAUUGUGACGAAGUUGCUGAAGAAUUACAAGAUAGUAUGAAAAAUUUUUUAGCUAUUAUAGAAAGCAGUAAAUCUAAAAUUUGGGAUAAAUCAGCACCUAUAAGUCUUUCGCUCUAUGAAGCAGAUUCAAUUGAUAACGGUGUAUCAAAAAAAUCUCAAGAAACCUUUGUACCGCAGAAAUUAGUUGAAUCACGCAUAAUGUAUCCACCAGAAGAACCUAUAUCUACAAAAAACCUAUAUAUUUUUUCUAACUAAUAUUAAAUAAAAUAUUAUAAA